AUGAUCGCUAUAAAUCAAAGUAUUUUAAAUGUGGAAGCUGAGCAUGCAGUCUUACUUACAUCACCUGAGGGCAUUCAACUUAAACUGAAGUUAAAAGAUGAACUGCUAAAAUAUAAGAAUGAACUUAUUAGGUUUAAGCGAGAAAAAUUUGAAAAAGUCCAAUUAGACUACCAACAACAUAGAGCAUACAAAUGGCUCUCUGGAGAUACUCAGCGCAGACCCCGAAGACCCCGCAAAAUAAUUCAACGUCCUAAAAUCACCACCAUUGAUGUCACUUCAGGUGAAUCGGCUUCUGAAAAUGACACACAGCAUGAAACUCCAGCUUUUUUAGAAAAUAUAGGCACAGUUACCAGAAGUCGAGGAGUGGACCUAGGAGGAGUAGAACAAGACGUGGGCACAAAGGCAAAAGUUGGACCCCGGGGCAAACCACCCUACAGGAAGUAG